AUGGCGGAGCCCUGCGAGCCCGGCCCCUGCUCGCCGGCCGCCGGCGCCAAGGGGGUAGCGGACGGCGACGCCUGGGACAUGUCGCUGAGCUUCCUGGAGGGUGCCCCGACGGGCAACCGGAGCAACGUGUCCUUCCUACAGCUCCUCAGGAACAUCAACCUGGAGCGAGCCGACGGGAUGCAGGGUGACAGCUCCGACGUGUUGCGGAUCAUCAUCUCCCUGGUGUACUCCGUGGUGUGUGCCCUGGGGCUGGUGGGCAACCUGCUAGUGCUCUACCUGAUGAAAAGCAAACAAGGCUGGAGAAAGUCCUCCAUCAACCUCUUUGUGACCAGCCUGGCAGUGACUGACUUCCAGUUUGUGCUGACCUUGCCCUUCUGGGCAGUGGAGAAUGCACUGGACUUCAACUGGCUUUUCGGAAAGGCCAUGUGCAAGAUCGUCUCCUAUGUGACAGCCAUGAACAUGUACGCCAGUGUCUUCUUCCUCACUGCCAUGAGUGUGGCUCGCUACCGCUCUGUGGCUUCAGCCUUGAAGAACCAGCGUCGAGGUGAUCCACUGGGCGGCUGCUGCUCUGCCAAGUGGCUUUGUGCACUCAUCUGGGUGUCAGCCAUCCUGGCUUCCCUGCCCCAUGCCAUUUUUUCCACCACUGCCACCGUCUUUGAUGAUGUACUCUGCCUUUUGAAGUUCCCUGAGGGCCGCAGCAGCAAUGCCCAGUUCUGGCUGGGGCUGUACCACAUCCAGAAGGUGCUGCUGGGUUUCGUAGUGCCACUGGCCAUCAUCAGCCUGUGCUACUUGCUCCUGGUGCGUUUCAUCAGUGACAAGCAUGUCGGCAGUUCCUGCAGCGGCCCCAGCACCAAGCGCCGUUCCAAGGUGACCAAGUCAGUGUCUAUCGUGGUGUUGUCUUUCUUCUUGUGUUGGCUGCCCAACCAAGCGCUCACACUGUGGGGCGUCCUCAUCAAACUCAAUGUGGUGCAUUUCAGCACUGAGUACUUCCUCUCCCAAGUGUACCUCUUCCCCAUCAGUGUGUGCCUGGCGCACUCCAACAGCUGCCUCAACCCCAUCCUCUACUGCCUCAUGCGCCGGGAGUUUCGCAAGGCACUGAAGAGCCUCCUUUGGAGGAUCACCUCACCUUCCCUCACCACCAUGCGCCCUUUCACCGACACCACCAAGCCUGAGCAGGAGGAGCAGGCCUUGCAUGCUUUGGUGCCUGUCCACCCCAUCACUGCUUCCUCGCCCAGUGUGGCUGUCCAGCCCGAGCUGGCCUACUACCCGCCGGGGAUGGUGGUCUACAAUGGCCGCUACGACAUGCUGCCCACCGGCUCCUCUGAGCAGCGCUGCUGAGAGCAGCAGUUCACACUUCUUGUUAUGUUGCUACAGAUCUACAGUCAGUCCACAGGUCUCCAUCAAUGCCAGCUUUCUCUGUGUGUAACGGAAGAGAGAGAGUGCAGACCAUCCAAAUUUUCAUGCUUUGAUGGCAUUAAACCUUAAAGUAUUGACAAAGAGAUAGGUGAACAUUUCAAGGUUCCUUUCCAUGGCCUCACACUGGCAUCAGAGCUAUCCUACAGUUAUUAUCCUCUUAGUUAUCCUACAGUUCCCUUUAAAAUUCCUCCUCUCGUGAGAUCUGCUGAGUUAAGGUGAAUUUGUGAGUUAACAAUGGUAAUGUUUGAAUCGAGGUAUUUGUCCUGCACUUUUUUUGCUGUCUCUUGUAUGUCCCAGUUGAGGCCCUUGUGCUCCAGCCCAUCUCAGCAUCUACAAAGGGGCUUGAGCACAGUCCAGGGACUCACUCUUGCAAGCUUUUCACAUCAAGGGGUGUGACAAGAGAGGGACUAACAAGGAGCCACAAAAUGAAAGAAGCCACAUAACUUGGCUUUUUCACAGGGAGGGAGGAAGGAGCUGUGGAAUAGGUAAGGUCUGCCUUGUUUUGAGCGUACAAGGAGACACAAUCAUCAACAUGGAAAAGCAGAUGAGCCUUCCAUGGGCUUGUUAUAAUUAAUAAGAGUUUACUCUAAGGGGGAUCUCUUUUUUUCCUGAGAAUAAAUGACUCACCAUACUCUUCAAAAACAAACAAAAAAAGAGGAUGAAGUUGGUGCACCUGUGCAGAGACAUCUUCAUGCUCAAAUUAACCAUUUAUAUGUAGAGUUGCCUGUUUAUGCAGAGCCACCCUACCCAACAGUUAGGAUAACUGAACAGCCUUGAUUACACAUGUGCAACAUUUCAGGAAACAUCUGGCAACAAUCCUUCUCUGUGUCACUGUUCAUUAGUAAUACUGUAUUAGCAGAUGACUGCAUGCAGCUUAGCACAUAACAUAGUAAAUGGAUUUGAAAAUUUCCAGGAUGGAGGAUGCACAGAAUGAAUACAGAAUUUCAUUUUCACAAACACAGGAUCUUUGAAAUUCUGGCAAUAUCAUAAAAAUAAGAAUGAAGCUCCAUAUGCACUUAAAUACAAAUAAUUUGACUUCAAGAUUUACUGUAUUGGUUAGAGGUACAUCUGUACAACAAUUCAUAAUAGUGCUUUGCAGAACAGAAUUAAAUUACAAUAUUCUAUAGAGAGCAAAACACAUUUCACUGAAAGCUAGACACAUGCAGGAAUAUAGAGAAAACUGACAUACUACAUUAAUUAAGGUAAAUACUGUAAUACCCAACAUGAAGAUUCGUGAGGCUUACAACCAUUCAUAAAAUUCUUAUUUUGGCCUAGAUUAUUCUGAAGUAUUGAGGUCAAGUGGCCAGACUUUUCAAGAACGAAGAAACUGUAGCUGCUUCCUGUAGAUGAAUUGUUUAGGUGCCUAAACAUGGAUUUGCAGAGCAUCUUUAGGCAGACUUUUAUGACAAGCUCAGCUAGUGUUCUCCUUUCAUUUAUACAUAAGCAGCAGGAUACAGUAUAAAAUAAUUGCUUUACUGUAAUAUGUUAUGCUUUUAAGCAGGAGCUUUCAAUCCUCCUUAAACUCCAACCACCUCUCAUACCCAAAUCUGCUUCUGAUAGUAGCUGGGCAGUAACUGAUCCCAUUUAACAAUACUGCUAAUCACAACAUCAGAGCACUAUGGCCUUUGACACCUGUUUGAUCCUCUUGCAGCUUUUGUCUACUAAAGGGAAUAGCUCCAUCUUAAAAGAUAGUUUAAAAAUACGAUAAGCAACAGCCUUCAUCCUAACUCUGUCCAUUUUUAUUACUUUUUCAAUUUAUCACAUACUUCAUUUAUUAACUUCCACAAAUUCCUAAUAAGGAGUAUCUUAACGACAACUCAUACAGGGUAUCAGGAUACCAUAGGAAUACAAGCCUUAAUGUGUACAAGUGAAUUAAUACAUUGGGGUUAGUAUGAAGUAGGUAAUAAAGCAGUCAAAAUACAGAAGUUUUCAGUUUGAGGGCAUUAGGCUGCCAGCUUUACCAAGAGUCUCCACUUUGUGGAUAAGAAAUGCUCUGGAAUUGCAACCAUUCCAAGGAGGUAAAAGAAGAGGACGUGCCAGCAAUCUCAGUGUGGCAACAGCACCAGUGCUACUGAACCAGAAAGAAAACGCUCCCCGGCGGUGAAUUUCUUCCAGCGCUUCACACUGCUCUACGCCACGUAUCGAACGCAAAAAGCAACAAAGCAGCAGCCGAUCAGUGCCACGGUAGAUGCUGAAAUCAUAGUGACCACACUGCCGGCAACACUAACCAAGAGCCCAAGGCCCACGCCGAGAAUGAUCUGGGCCAGCUGGACCAUGCAGGUGAGCGCAGCACAGUCAAUACCCUUCCCUCGCCCAUGCUCCCUGGCUUGGUCUCCAUCCGGCAGCUUCUGGUUCUGCAAAGAAACACAAAACAAAGCCCAGUGAAAUAUGAACGCUACUAACCGGCAGCUCUCGGCCAACGCUUACAGGCAGCGCUCCUGUCGUGACCCCCAGGUGCAGCAAGACAGGCCAACAGGUCUCUGUUUUCCACCUUGGUUUCAUUCUGCCAGCCCUCAGAGGUCGCACUCGGAGCCUUUACAAGCAACGAUGACUGUCCAAGCUCCCCUCAAACUGUCCCGUUUCUCCCAUCAACUAUGUUUCCCUCUAUCCUUUCUCUCAGAGGAAGAAAAGAAACUUGGUGAGAAAGUAUUACCUUUUCCUUGAAGUUUGGGUCUAUUUGAACUCCAGCACAAGGAGAGAGUUUCACAGUACAGAAUACCCCGUCAAGGAUACUUUAGCUCCAACCCUCACAUGCUUAAAGGAGAGCCGCAACGGAUGUUGAGAAGAGUCAUAACACACGCACAUCCCACGCACAUAAAGAUCAGAACUGCUUGUCAUGGAGCACUGUGCUCUGAAGUCAUGCUUCAAUGCUCAAAAAACACUUCAAAACUAACAUCUUAACAUAAUGGUUUUAUUGCUGGAAAAAAGACUUGAAAGCAAUGCCCAGACUAGGAUUCUACAUUACAGAAAUCCAUUAUCAACUACUGACAUUUGAGUGAUUUACAUAGCAGAGCAACCGGCUUCAUUUAUCAUACAUGAGCAUCUACCCCGAGAAAGAAUUAUUCUGGUUUUGUUGUGAAAUUAUUUGAUAGUUCACACAUUUACAGUUCCUGUUGCAUAGGCUGUUGAAUGCGCUGUAAUAGACAGAGCUUCCGUGCUCUAUGGUAGGUGAGCUGCUGUCUCCUGAUAUCCAAAUGCUCUCAGUCAUUUGGAUGCUUUUUGUUUUCCCCAAGACCUUAUUACAUUGCAUUUGAGAUGUUACUGCACAAAGUUCAAAAAGUAUUGGAGAAAAACAGCUAUUCUCUUCCAAAUCCAGUACACAAAACUGAAUUUGGAUCCUAGGGAACACAAAGGAAUCGAAAGGCCAGUACUUUAAAACCCAGCAUGUGAUUUUGGUACAAUGCAUACUGGUGGAAAAUACUCUUUGUCUACUUUAUGUUCGGGAAUAAUAUGGUCUAACAAUGUCAUUUCAUCUGAGGUAUUUCAAACUUUAAAGACAGUAUUUUUAAAAUUAUUUUGAAGGGCUUUGCCCAGUGUCCUUAUGUGCCAGUAGAUCUGAGUACAAUUAUGUGAAUGUGUAAAUAAAUGCAAUCUUGCA